AUGUUUGUCCUAGUCCGAUGGGAACCUAUAGUUCAUGAUGAUUACCCAUGGGAGAUGACCUUCUGGACACAGCUCUCGGGUAUUCCACUACAUCUAUGGACCGAGACCAACCUCAGGAGCAUUGGAGACAAGCUGGGGCACAUCCAUGAAGUCAAUGUGGAUGAAGGCAAACUACUACUCUCCAUUGACAGUAGAAAGCCCCUGAAAUUCACAAGAAAGAUCCGAUGCCAUAACGGAGACGAAGCUACAAUACAGAUCAAGUACGACAGGCUGUUCAAAUUCUGCUCACAUUGUGGAUUCAUGACACAUGAGGUCCAGUCUUGUCCUAUUAAGGAAGAAGAAAUCAAUGCUCAGAGACAGUCUACCCGCCAAGGAAUUUUCUCUCGACUUCAAGCUGGACCGAGCCAGACCAAUACACACAGCGAACGCCAUCUGGAACGUCAAGAAGAACGCCACAGUGAACGCAACAAAGGAACGCCAAGGUCAAGCUACAAUGAAGAGGAACGAAUCCCUAACAGAAACAUGUUGGUGCGACAGGCAAACCGAAGCUCCUCAUACCCCAAGGACAAUGGACGACGGGAGGAGUUAGUCCACAGAUCGAGACACUCUUCAAGAGAGAAUCGGGGAGGCACCUCUUACCAUAGAGAGUCAAACCACAGGGGUACAUAUCCCAAGGAUAACCGCUUGUCACACGGAGUUCCUUACCGUCGUAAGGAACAAGAAGACCAUCGAUCCUCGUGGAUCAAACGCAAUCAAACAAGACCAGAGGAAAACCGUGAAGGGAUAAUCAAGGAAGGACAUCAGAUCGAGGAAAAAAGGCCAGGAACAGAUAAGGAACCCCAAGGAGAAAAGGCACAACCUCUUAAGAGCCACCUUUCCAAAGCGCCACCCAUCGUGAAUGAACCAACCAGAAAAGAUGGAAUCUCAGAGGAAGUCCAAUCUCACCUUUGUGAGGCAGGAAGAAACAUAACCUUACAAACAGACAAAGAGGUCACCCACAUCAUACCACCUGAUGAGAACCAGUUUCCUUCUCUUAUGGAGGAAGACCAAAACCCAAAAUCGUCAAAUGAUGACAUCAUGAUUGGAGCUCUCCAAGAUGAGGAAAAUGACGAGCAAGGAGUGAACGAGGAAAAUGGAGAUAAUGAAGACUUGUUGGAUGAUGAUUUUCUAGGAGAAGACUUAGAGUGGAUGGAAUCUGAGAAGAGGCAAUCUGAGGAAAAGCAAUCAUCCAACGCUCCGAGUGGCUCACAUGAGGACAGCCUCAACGAGACCAUCACAGCCUUCAAAGCCAAAGUAAAGUCUAAAGGGCAAAGGAACCAAGAGAGCACAAGGAAUCUCAAAAAGCGGCAACCACAAAGAAGCUUCCUAGGAACCUAUUCCCGUCAGGCAGCCUCGCGAAGAAGGCAGGAAUCCUCCGUCGAGGGUCUCCACGUAAACGCAGCAUCCCAAACAACACAUCAACCUCAGCCCCCAAGGAGGUACCUCCCUUGA